CAGGUCCAGUGCCCAGCCUCCGUCCCUCUCCUUCCCUUACCUCGCCUCGUCUCCUCUCCUUGAGAUCUCCAGGGUACGAGCGCAUUCGCGAUUUUGGCCGCCUCCGCCGCCGUCCGGGGAGAUGGCGGGUCUGGGAAAGGCGAUGUACGCGGUGGGGUUCUGGAUCCGGGAGACUGGCCAGGCCCUCGACCGCCUGGGCUGCCGCCUGCAGGGCAAGUACUUCUUCCACGAGCAGAUUUCAAGGCAUCGCACCAUCAUGAAUAUCUUUGACAAAACCCCUCAUGUGCAUAAAGACGCAUUUGUUGCUCCAAGUGCAUCCCUUAUUGGCGAUGUUCAAGUCGGGUCAGGAGCUUCCAUUUGGUAUGGGUGCGUCUUAAGAGGGGAUGCAAACAUCAUACAAAUUGGAUCUGGGACCAAUAUACAAGACAAUUCUCUUAUACAUGUGGCUAAAUCUAAUCUAAGUGGGAAGGUCUUUCCAACAACCAUUGGUAAUAACGUCACAGUAGGUCAUAGUGCUGUGUUACAAGGAUGCACGGUUGAGGAUGAGGCUUUUGUUGGCAUUGGGGCAACCCUAUUAGAUGGUGUUGUUGUUGAAAAGCACGGAAUGGUGGCUGCUGGAGCCCUCGUACGACAGAAUACUAGGAUCCCUUGUGGAGAGGUUGAGCACACUUCCUCAACUGUCCUUUGCUUUGGGUUCUUAAUUAAGCCGUCUCAAGCACCUUUACCUUUUUUAUUUCAUCGACUAGUUUCACCAAGACAGGGUUUUCUUGUGAUGAUGGAACCCCAAUGACACAGACUGCAUCGAGCACUAAAUUAUUGUUCUUCGGUGUCUAAUACAUUUCCAUGUGGCAUACAUAUUUACAGGCCUUGUGCAGUGGUGACUGAUGAGAGAGCUGUCUCACUGGGUCGCAGGUUCGAAGCAGUCUCUCCCCAUUUACGGGGAGAAGACUUGCCUCCGUUUAUGCCUUCAUUGGAUCCCACUCAUGUGGGAACCUCGGGCACUGGGUCUGCCCUUUAUACAUAUUUAUAGUGUCCAUGAGUGGGAAGUGGAACAAUAAUAUGCUCUAGAGGCCUUGUUUUGUAUCUUAUUUCUGCAUGAUUUCAUGACUAUGCUUUGUUGGAUUUAGGUAUGGGGAGGGAACCCUGCCAAAUUUCUGAGGAAGCUCACAGAUGACGAGAUCAGUUUCAUUGCGGAAUCAGCUGCCAACUAUUCCAAUCUGUCCAAGGUCCAUGCUGCUGAGAAUGCCAAACCUCUUGAAAAGAUCGAGUUUGAGAAGGUGUUGGGCAAGAAGUUUGCUCACCAGGAUGAGUAUGAUUCCUCGAUUGGCGUCGCUGAAGGGGCACCACCAGAGCUCACGUCCCCAAAUCCAGCCCAAUGAACCUCUGUUUCUGUUUUCUCUUUGGCGCCUUAAUCAUUUUCUGUUGGACAGUGCUGGAUCGUUGAUCGGGGUACUGUUCCAUGACACUGGUGGUUUAUGUUUACUUUUCCUCCCCAAUAAUCUUGGGUCGAGCGAUGUUAUAAAGCUGGCCAUGCACUUCUUCCAGAUUCUGUAUUCGGCAUGUUUAAGAUGUGCUCCCUUGAAAGACAGACCCCAAAUAGACAGAAAUGCAUUGUUUUUACAGGU